CCCAGAACUCAGACAGGCAGAUAUUCUCUUUCUCUUUUAAAGAUUUCAUAAAAUGAGUUUCAGACAAAGAUUAAUGGUGCUUAGCACAAGAGUAAUCUCAAAUUAUUACAAUCAUUCAUUUCUUCUCCAGCAUCAAAAUGAAAUCUUUGUGAGAAAUUAUCAUAAAAUAUCAAAACUUGAGAGUUAUGUGAGGGAUGAGUGCAAGUCAGGAAGGAUUAGGAAACUGGAGGAUGGUUUGAAUACUUUGAUCAAUUAAUUCUGGAAAGGCCAUUUCCAUCUAAUGCUACAUUUUGUCAUGUAUUGAGUUCACUAUCGAAGAUUAGAUGUUACAAAGAUGUCAUUAUGCUGUCUAAGAAGAUGAAUUUGCUUGGGGUAAAACCUGAUUUGUAUACAUUGGAUGUUUCGAUCAAUUGUUGCUGUCAAUUAGGCCAAAUAAAUCAUGGGUUUUGUUUGUUUGGAGAGAUGUUAAAGAGAGGUUAUCAUCCUAAUGUUAUCACUUUCACUACACUGAUCAAGGGGUUGUGUCUUCAAGAAAAGAUUGAUUUUUCAUGUAAGGUGUUUGAUAAAAUGACUCAAAUGAGUAUUCAGCCUAAUGUGGUUACAUGUACCAGUACUACUCUUAUAUCUGGACUUUGUAGAAUCGGUAAAGUGGGUCCUGCUCUUCAGCUCAAAAACAACAUGCUUCAAUGGAAUUGCGGACCUAAUGUUGUUUCAUAUAGUGUGCUUAUAGAUACUCUUUGUAAAGGAGGUCUAGUUGAUGAAGCUUUGGUUCUCUUCUCCAAAAUGCUUAGAGAUUCAAAUGUUGUACCUGAUGUAGCCGUUUACAGUUCUCUGAUCAAUGGACUUUGCAAUUCAGGCCGGUUGAAUGAGGCUAAGAGAGUCUUUGAAGAGAUGGUUAGUAGAGGAAUCUCUGCCAACGUAAUUACGUAUAAUUGUAUGAUUGAUGGUCUUUGCCGGCAUGGUCAAUGGGAAGAAGCAAGAAGAUAUUUUGAUGAAAUGCUGGAUCGAGGGAUUUCACCCAAUACAAUAACUUUUAAUAUAUUGAUAGAUUCACAUUGUAAAGAUGGGAUGACGGAAGAUGCUUGGGGAUUGUUUGAACUUAUGGGAAAAUUAAGUAUAAACCCUAAUCUCUUUACUUAUAGCUCAAUGAUCAACGGUUUAUGUUUGACAGGUCGACUGCAAGAUGCGGUGAAACUGUUUGACUCGAUGGUAGAAAAGGGCCUUGAACCUGAUGUUGUCAGUUGCAAUAUAUUAAUUGAUGGAUAUUGCAAAAAUCGUAAGCUGGAUGAAGCUACUCGGCUGUUCAAGAGAAUGAAACAAAAUGGAUUAGAUCCCACAUUAGUUACUUACAAUACUCUUUUAAGGGGGCUAUAUGGAGAUGGAAGAGUUAAGACAGCAGAGAGUUUCUUAAGUGAGAUGCAGUCGUUUGGUCAUUCUCCGAAUGAAAUAACAUAUGGUACAAUGUUGGAUGGGUACUGCAAGAAUGGAUACAUUGAUAAAGCAAUACAAUUAUUUGAAUCCAUGGAGGAUACUGGUGUCUUAGUUGAUGUUGAAAUGUACACUGUUCUCAUUCAAGGUUUGUUCCAGGCCGGCAAGUUGGAAGACGCAAGAAAAUUGUUUAAUGAAAUUUCAGAAAAGGGAUUACUGCCUAAUGUGGUAACUUAUACCAUAAUGAUAAACGGCCUCUUUCGUAGCAAGAUGUUACUGGAGGUUGAUAAAUUAAUCAUUGAAAUGCAAGAGAAGGGUUGUUUACAAAAUGCUAGAACAUAAGAUACCAUCAUCAAGGGUUUUCUUGUGGGAAAUGAAGCUGACAAGGCUUUGCAAUAUCUUCGCGAAAUACGCGAAAGAAAAUUCGUACUGAGUGAUUCUGUCUCUUCGUUGUUAAUCAGCACUCUCUCAACAGAUCAGCUAAAAGAUCUAUAGUUACUUUUGCUGACCUUGUAAUGGUGAGGUAACAGCGAAAAUCUAAAUCUUUAUAAAGUAUCAACAUUUUUGGAUGAAUAUGUGGUUUCUUUGGGAUCAUAUACACAUUCAGGUAAAUUAUCUUUUAAAUUUGUUCAAAAAUCACUCCGGUGGUAUUCCAAGCUGCUGCAGGGAUGAGAAAUGUAGGUAUAGCAGAACUGGGAUUUCUUUCAGAUGGCAACAGGAGAAGCUUGUUAAGGUACACAAAUGGGCUUAUUCAUUUACUUUUCAGUGUAGUUUUAUAUAUUUCAGCUGAAGCUAUUAGUAAUAUCCCGUGAGUUUGUAAUGUGCCCAACUGUAGUCGUUUCACUCAGAUUUCUGGGAACUGUUUUAUAUAUUGAAUCUCAGUUAGCACUUAACACGUAUAUUGUAUAUUGCAUCUUUCUUCAAUAGGGGUAAAGCAAGAUCAAAAAUUAGUAAUUAAAAGUUUAAUGUUUUAGGUCUUGAUAGCCCAAAAUCUGCUAUAGUAGAGUUGCCUACCUGAUAAGAAAAAGAAUUGUUAAUCUGACAUAUCAUAGGGGUAAAGCUCCCAUUAUCCUUGCCUUCCAUGAGGGAUAGCCUCGAAAUGCUUUUUUCUUUCUAGACACUGCCACCGGAUUUCAUUUUCUGCUUAUGUUUUUGGUUAAGUCUUUAGGAUAGAUAUACUGUUU